CGGCGCGCGGCCCCGCCGCCCCUCCGCGCGCGCGCACGCGCCUGCCUCCGUCGGUCCCGCUUGGCGCUCGCGUUCGCAGUUCCUCCCGGCCCGCGAGCCGCCGCCGUCGUCGCCGGCCCAGCCCGUCGGACACUCGGCCGCACCAUGUCUUCGCCUCCCGAAGGGAAGCUGGAGACUAAAGCUGGACACCCGCCCGCCGUGAAAGCUGGUGGAAUGCGAAUUGUGCAGAAACACCCACAUGGUGGAGACAGCAAAGAAGAGAAAGACAAGGAUGACCAAGAAUGGGAGAGCCCCAGUCUGCCUAAACCGACUGUGUUCAUCUCUGGUGUCAUCGCCCGGGGCGACAAGGACUUCCCGCCGGCCGCCGCGCAGGUGGCGCACCAGAAGCCCCACGCCUCCAUGGACAAGCACCCUUCCCCGCGGACCCAGCACAUCCAGCAGCCUCGCAAGUGAGCAGCGCCCGGACCCAGGCCCCGUGGGCACUCCCACCUUGAUAUCCACCCAGCCAGAGAACUGGCAUCUUCCUCAAAGUGCCGCCCUAUUGGGAGGUCUAUGGCAAAGCAAAAUGUGCCUUCCUUUGCCUUAAAUCUCCAUGUUUAUCGAAAUGAGUCAAACCCCAAACCUCGUUGACAUCUGGUCUUGGUUGGCUGUCAUUCAGGGAUCACCGUACCCCAUUUCCUCCCCCACGGUUUGGUCUGGAGGUGCCAUUAUCAAAAUUUGCCAAGACCUUAGUAAAGUGACAUUGUUGAAAGUUUAGCUUUAGUUCUGUUUCAGUAAUUGCCCGAAGUCCUUACCUUUAAUCUUAAAAACAAUAGGGCACAAAUUUGAAAGGGAAGAUUAAGGUUAGAGAAAAAGCUCAAUCAUUUCAAGCUUCUUAAAAAGAGGACAAUAGGUUUAACAACUACCGGAGAGAAAGAAAUAAGAGAGUUAAUUAAAAUUGCAGGUUUGGGGAAGGCAGAGCAGAAAAGGCUUUUGAACAGGCCACGACAACGCUGAUUUUCUGCCCCUGGUGUGGCCUGCUCAGGAAAGGCUUACUCCAGGAGGCAGCUUGUGGAAAAGUCAGGAUUUAGGCUGUCGGCUCAAAGGGAGAACUUCCGAAGCGAGGUCUCUUGGUGUGAGUCCUGAGCCCGAGAUUGCCUCGCUUUGCAGAGGGGCUCCGCCUGGGAAAUGGGGGCCAGGCGUGUUUCUUCAUAAGUCACCUCUAGAGCUGCCUUUGGGUUCUUGAAAUGAUCACUGGCCAAGGUAGAUGCACAGCUAAUUCUGAAACUCUUGAAUGAGGGCAUUGAAAGCAUAUAAUGAUCAGAUAAAAACCUGCCAGGUUUGUUAGGAAAUCCCUUUUGUGUCCAUAGGAACAUGAAUUGCAUUGGCAGAUAGAAAGACCACAUUCCAUUUUAACUAGAAAAACCUGUUUGUCAGUUGACCGAACUGUCCAGGACUUCACUCGUGCUGACUGCACAGUUGCCCGUGGCCAGGUUCGCUUAGGAACGUCCGAUUGUCCCAUAGUGUUCCGCUUGUCUCCUGCCUCCAGACAUCCUGAGCAGCUCCGGGGACAGUGGCUGCAGCGUGUCCCACUGCAGAGGCCCAGAGAGACACCUGGGGAGGGGCGGCCUGACCGGCGGCUCCGCAGCUUUAUUUGCUGCAGGGCCUCAGUGGUGCUGUGAGGCCGUCCACCACCGGCCUCUCUGACCCUGUCAUCAUGUCCCCGUCUGCGGCUGGUCAAAGCGGAUGCCAACCUGGGCAGACCCAAAGAGAGACACCCAGGGCUGCUUCCCACUUUAAAGACGAUGUUUGGUUUCUCACCCAGUUGACUUACUGGAAGCUGGUGUGUAACUGUCACAUCUCGUGUCAUCAAACCUCGUUAUUUCUUAGUCGCUGAAACGUUGGCAUAAACUGGCACCAGCUUUUGGUGCUCCCGGGUCGGAAUUCUGCAGCAGCCCCUGCGGGAAAGGCUGGAUGUGCUGGGCCAGGCCUGAGCGGACGCUGCGGCUCCUGUGCUCUGUAAUUCUGCACCAGGAGAGCCAGGUUAUCUCCGAAGUUACGUCGUUCAGGAACUUCCCACCCUUCCUAACCUGCAUCUGUGGGCUCUGGGUCACCGAAAGCAAAAUGUUCCCUUUGGUGAGGUUAUCUAUUCUUAACUUCAAGAAGAAUAAUGAUGUCAAUAAAGCUCCUGCAUUUCUUCUCACUUUU